AUGGUCUCACCGUUCCGUGUAGGGAAGACUGUGAACCCUCGAAGACUGUCUAUAAACGAUUCUUUCCAUGACGUUGUGAACAAUAUACGUGGAGCAAUUGAUAAGCUCAAUGGACUAUGGGAUGAGGUGCACAUGUCAGAAGCUGCCAGGACUAGCCGGGUCAAUACCGCGUUUGAGCAUAUUUGUAGCUUACUUAGCGACAUGGUCAAAUCCGAGGAGUGCAUGAUCAGAAAUGUAGGCAUCGAAAUCAGCGACGGUUUAAGGAAAAUCAAUCGCAUGCGCUCACAGCUGGGAAUGGAGCAGUGGGAAAAUAAGAGGGCACCACCAGGAUCGAUUGAAUUGAGGAACUCUAUAAAUUCUGAAAUAAGAAAGUUACUACCGCUUUUUGAAACUCGUCAGAAUGAACAGGCGGAGUUAAUUGACCGCCUCCACCAUCUCUGUUUCCGGCUUGGUUUUGACGAUAGCGAGUUCUCAAUUCCGACGGAGUCUGAUGAACUGAUCUCGGGUGAUAAAUUGGGAGCCCUCGAUGCUCGACGUUUGGAACUAGAAGACGUUCUGCAUAAGCGAGUCAAGAAAGUUCAAAAGUGGCAGAAAGAGCUGAACAAAUUUGUAAGAAAGCUUGGUAACGACUCUCUCUCUGAAGAUGAAGAUUUACGAUCCCUUCUUACCGUCGAUUUCGCCAACGAAGAGACUAGUGUUACCGAAUCUGUGGUAGACACCUUGGAAGAAUACUAUGAUCGAUGGUGUCAAAUGUACACUGAAUACGUACAAGAGAGGGAAUUCCGAUGGCUGGAACUAUAUUCGCGUCUCUCCGAAUUAUGGGAGGCUUGUCACGUGGCGGAUAUAGAGCGUCUCAUACCGCCUUGUUACAAUCCAGACAAGCACUCAGACAAGGACAUCGAUAAGAUUUCAACCGAAAUUUCUCGUCUUGAGAGUCUUUAUGCCGCACGGAAGGAUGUCUUCGACGUGUUGACAGCGUGGAAAGAGAAGUGGGCGGAGAAGCUUGCACUGGAGGAGAAGAAGAAAGAUCCCGAGUAUUUCCAAAAUCGCGGUCGAGAAAACAACGUAUACUUGGAUGCCAAGGUACAGACUUUUUAA